CAGGAGCGCACGGCAGGGGCCCCGCACAGGGAACCGAGCUGAGACAGGGCCCGCCCGACAGGCGGGCUGAGCGGAGAGAGCGCCGUGGAGACGCCGGGGGCAGCGGGCCGCGCCAGGCUGGCAGCCCUUUCCUCAGGGCAGCGCCUGGUGCCAGCCGGCCCACCAGUGGGGGGACUGCGCCUGGAAGCUGUAAUGGAGGCCCUGCAGAGACAGCAGGCAGCCCGACUGGCCCAGGGGGUGGGGCCUUUGGCCCCUCCACGCCCACCACCACCACCGCCGAGGCCUUCCUUUCCUGGAUCCCGGACCCUGCAGGCCCCUGACGGGGGCUUGGGGGAGGUUGGAGCUGAGGAAGAGGAGGAUGCCCAAGAGGAUGAGGAAGGAGAGGAAGCUGGCACAGAAGAGGAGGCAGCCAAGGAGAGCCACCCAGGGACCCAGGGCACCAGCUCACCUUCCAGCCAGCCCCCUGGACCUCAUCCCCAUGAGUGGACCUAUGAGGAGCAGUUCAAGCAGCUGUACGAGCUCGAUGCAGACCCCAAGAGGAAAGAAUUUCUGGAUGACCUGUUUAGCUUCAUGCAGAAGAGGGGGACGCCAGUGAACCGUGUGCCCAUCAUGGCGAAGCAGGUGCUGGACCUGUACGCGCUGUUUCGCCUGGUGACGGCCAAGGGCGGUCUGGUGGAAGUCAUCAACCGCAAGGUGUGGCGGGAGGUAACGCGCGGCCUCAGCUUGCCCACCACCAUCACGUCGGCCGCCUUCACUCUACGCACCCAGUACAUGAAGUAUCUGUACCCGUACGAGUGCGAGACGCGGGCGCUCAGCUCCCCGGGGGAGCUCCAGGCCGCCAUCGACAGCAACCGGCGGGAAGGCCGUCGUCAAGCUUACACCAACACCCCACUCUUCGGCUUGGCGGGGCCGUCCCCUUGGGGCACUCUUGGCCCCGCCUCGGGUUCCGGGCCCGCCCCUCCCGCGCCCACGCCCGGCCCCCGCACUGCUCAGGGCUCCGCCUCCGGCCUGCCGGCGCACUCCUGCGCGCAGCUGAGCCCGAGCCCCAUUAAGAAAGAGGAGAGCAGAAUUCCAACCCCUCGACUGGCGCUGCCUGUGGGCCUAGCCUUUGGACCUGCACGUGAGAAGGUGGCACCAGAGGAGCCCCCAGAGAAGAGGGCUGUGCUGAUGGGGCCCAUGGACCCACCUCGACACGGCGCACCCCCCAGUUUCCUGCCCCGUGGCAAGGUUCCCUUGAGGGAAGAGCAGUUGGAUGGGCCUCUCAAUCUGGCAGGCAGUGGUAUCAGCAGUAUCAACAUGGCCCUAGAGAUCAACGGGGUGGUCUACACUGGCGUCCUCUUUGCCCGUUGCCAGCCCGUGCCAGCUUCCCAGGGCCCAGCCAACUCUGCACCCCCACCCCUGAUGGGGCCCCCUUCCAGCGCCUCACCCUGAGACCUCACACCUGAAAUUGAGAGUCCCAACCCCAUUGCUGAGGGGGGAGGAGACACCCCUCCAACCCAUUCUUCCAAGGUGCCCAUUCUAGGACCUGGGAAGGGCCACUCCCCCCCUCAACCAUGCCAUGUGGACUUGAAGCCAAAGAGAUUUCUUCUGAUGUUACAUCUACCUCAUUGCAGAAGGAGGGCAUCUCCUCCCUGGCCAUCUCCAGCAGCAUCUACCAAAGAGUUCUUCCCCCGGUAACCCCCAUCAUCUCCUCAUAUGCUCCCUUGUGUCAAUAUCAUCUCUAGGACUCCACCUCUUCGAGUCAGACCUGCUUCUCUUCAGGAGCCAGGUGAAGGGUUGAGUUGGGGUGUUGUGAAGAUGUCCCUCAGGUCAUAUCUGGAUAAUAAAGCUGCGGUCCCUCCCUC